AUGGUUGACAAGGUGGAGACGCCCGUGGAAGCCAUCAAGAAAGAAGCCGAGAUUCUGCAAAGCAUGGAUCACCCGAACAUUGUGAAGUUUCACGGUGUUUACUAUGAGAGGUGCUUUGUUUGCAUUGUCAUGGACAAGUUGGACGGUGGCGACUUGGUUGAGGGCCUGCAGCGUCACUUGAAGGAGCGGGGGCAGAUCAACUGCUUGGACGUUGUGCACGUAGCGUAUCAGAUGGCUGCCUCCAUUCACUACCUGCAUCAGAGGAAUUACAUGCAUCGUGAUGUCAAGGGUGACAACUACUUGAUGGAUCGCAAGAACAUGACGGACAAGCAGUGCAAGAUUGUGCUGACAGAUUUUGGCACUGCCUGCACCGCCACUCCUUCCGACCGACUCUCUUCUGGAGUUGGAACAAAGAUUUUUUGGUCUCCUGAGUUUUUUGACCGUGACUAUGGUCACAAGGUGGAUGUUUGGGCAAUGGGGGUCAUCAUGUAUGGCCUAGUAAGUGGCAGAUUCCCCUUCCGGGAUGAGAACGACGUCAGGCCUCCAGAUGGUGCUGACAAGCCUGCGGAGGAGCCCGGAACUCAGCAAGCUGAUGUGAAGACACUUGAUACCUUUGGUACCCAACGUUUGCCAGCUCAGUGCCCUGAGGCUGGUGUGAACGAUGGCAUUAAGGAGAGACGGCAGGAGCUGAUCCAGCGCAUGAAUCGGGAGGCUGAAAGCCGCAAGGGUAAUGUGACUAAGAGGCAGCUGCAAAAUCACAAGCACAAAAAGUUUGUGGUUGCAGACAAGAUUGUACAAGGUGGCAAGGCUUCGUACGAGUGGUGGUCCGAGGAUCAGGCGAAAAAGGACAAGCUCUUAGACUUUGAGAACUUGGCCGCAGCACCCAAGGAUGACCCUAUGGACUUGGCUAUGUUCCGGAAGACGCUUGUGGAGCACAACAUUGACCCGAACCAAUUUGGUGUCGGAAAGGCAAAAGGAAUCGAACAGUUGGCGAAGGAGGUAGAAACAGGAGCAAGCAGGCUCAUGCUGGAUGCACAGCAACACAAGAAGUUGGUGCGAGUGGUGGACAUUGUGGUUCUGAAGCUUCGGCCUGAUGACGGGUCGCGCCUAUUAGUCGAGUUCAAGGAGCAAUUCCCUGAUGGCCGUGAGCGCGAGACCCUUAGAUUGCCUGGCACCAAGAAGGAGCCACAUGAGAACGCCAGGCAGACCUCUGAGCGCAUCUUGCGGGAGAUGAUGAACAUGGAUCCCAGUAUGGUGACGUUCGACUUCUCCACAGUAGAACGCCAAGAAGAGGAAACCGACUCGCCCUCCUUCCCAGGUGUUACCACUGUCUACCGCAAGGAGCUAGUUGAGUGUAAGGUGACCACCCCUGACAAGGCAUUGGUUAUGCUCUUCUCGGCGCAAGCCGCGCCCCGCGCUCCGCGCUCCGCUCCGAAGGGGAACACAAAGUUCUUCACCUGGCUGACGGAUUCGGAGGCUGAAAACAAGAAGGUGAAGCUUAAGGUACAUGGCUCGCAAAUCUCCACAUUGGUGCGUGCACCAAUUGGCCUGGAUGAGGAGGCCUUGCGAGAAUAUUUGGUGUCCCAUUCGAUUGACAUCUCGAAAUUUGGGCAUGACGGAACCAAGUCUCUGAAAGAGUUCUCCUCAGAGCUCAUCAAAGGAGAAACUCGUCUCUUACAGGUCUCUAGUGGCGAGAUUUUGGUGAUCACUGAGGUGGUGAUGUUGAUCCUUCACAAUCCUGAAACGAAGGAGACUCUUGUGCAGACUGCCCAGAUGUGGCCUGAUGGCAAGACCAGCUACCAGGCACGCAUCCCAGGUGCAAAGCGACGGCCUGAUGAAAAUCAGUUUCUGUGUGCUCGACGCAUCUUGAAGAGGCAGCUUGAGAUUGACGAGAAUGCAGUUCGCAUCUCAAAGGACGUGGGGUACAUUGAGGAAGACCGCAGCUCUCGAGGCUACCCAGGCUUGAAGACGGUCUACCGGAAGCGUGUCAUCAAGGGGGAGGUGAUUCCCAGUGAGGAUCCUCAGCACUUGGGGCCGUACAGCUUGACUAUAGUCUUAUAUAAUAGUUGUGCACCAGUGAGUGGCAAUAGUACACGCAAAUAA